UUGAUUCGUUCUCCAACCUCUAGGUCUCGGAGUUCAGCCAAUGAGAGGCAACCUUACAUAGAGUCCUUGGUCGAAAAUCCUUGCAAUCACAUGAUCGUUCAGCAAGUCUAGGGGUGUAAAGACAGCUUUUGGUCCAUUUCUAUUUCUGUCAUCUGAGGUACUUGCUCCUGUUCAGGAAUUAACCCACUGAAAAUGUCAGCCGAUAACCCAAUUUACGGACCAUUUUUUGGAGUUAUGGGAGCCGCUUCAGCUAUGAUAUUUAGCGCUCUUGGUGCUGCUUAUGGAACUGCGAAAUCAGGAACAGGUAUCGCUGCCAUGUCUGUUAUGCGGCCCGAGUUGAUUAUGAAAUCCAUUAUUCCUGUUGUCAUGGCUGGUAUUAUUGCUAUUUACGGCCUGGUUGUUGCUGUGCUGAUUGCAGGAGCUCUUGAUCCUCCUGCUAAAUAUACACUAUACAAGGGUUUCAUGCAUCUUGGAGCUGGUUUGGCUGUUGGGUUUAGUGGUCUUGCUGCUGGCUUUGCCAUUGGAAUAGUAGGUGACGCAGGCGUAAGGGGAACUGCUCAACAACCACGAUUGUUUGUCGGAAUGAUUCUUAUUUUAAUUUUUGCUGAAGUAUUAGGUCUAUAUGGACUCAUUGUGGCAAUCUAUUUGUACACAAAAUAAAUCAUACUUUGGUAUUCUUUGUGGGCUCAACAGCUACCCUUUUUUGACCAGUAAAUUCUUGUAGACAAUAUAGUUAAUCAUUUUCCAAUCAUGAUCAUUAAUUCCACCUUUAAAUACACCUUGUUUUGAUUUUUUAAAUUCAGUAUUAUAAUAUUUUUCUGAAGAGUUGUUGAAUCAAUUAUUUGUUAUUAAAGUGAUUGGGAAAUGAUUCCACUUAUUUUUUUUUUUUUCUACCUGUGAAUGUCUUGCACCUAUCCUUUUUUUAUUAUUAUUAUUAUUAUUUCAUUUCUGUAUUCUAUUUUUCCCUUUGUAGAGCCUCAAGAAUGCUUUUUUUUUUUUUUUUUCUUCAUGUAUUGUUUUAUAUAUAGAUAAUAGUUUUAAUCCUAUCACCUGUUCUGAGAGCAUUCUUGUGGCAUGCUACUUAAUCAUACAAAUUUGUUGUAUUAUUCCUAGACCUUCGGAAGAGACCUGUAGAUUAGGCUUCCAUGUCAGAUAUGCAUGAUGAAUUUCCAACUAAAGUCUCCUUCUUAAGACUAAUUAGUUUUUGUUAGUUACAAAUAUUUUAAGGUACUUUAUAUUAAAUUCUACAUUCCAUUUUUAUGUAGCACCUAUAUUGGAUAAAGUUAUUGAACAUAAAUGUAUAAAUAAUGGAGCUGUAUUUCCUUUCUCUUCACCAUCUCCCAUUAAGAAGCCCCAUUGUACAUGGUGUCUAAAUUUGUGGUUAGAUGUAUGAAAUAGUUUAUCAAUGUAUGUCUAGAUUUUAAAUGUAUGAGGGAGAAUAUAAGAAAUUGUUAAUAAUUUUUAUUCUUCUGUGCAUAAUUUUGUUUAGUACGUGGAUCUUAUUUAUUUCAUUUGACAAAUAACCAAUAAUCUUAUAUGAUGUAUCUAAUACAUGUGAAAAUAUUGCACUGCCCACAUUUUACCUAUACGGAACUUUUUCUUAAAUAGUUUUUUUCAUCAUUUAUUUGUACAUAAACAAUAACUUAGCCGUAUUAUAUUUAAAAUAAGUAGAAAUUAAUAUUUAUUUAAUGAAUAUUAAAAUGCUGUGGGCAUAUAUUUUACUGUAAAAGCAUUUACGAAUAUUGUAUUAUUUCGUUGACAAAACUUUGUAAGCCUCACUCAGAACAUACACUGAUGUAAUUAUCACUGCACAUAGCUUUUCUUCUUUUUUUUUUUUUUU